GUCGAGCUCUCACGAGGGAAACUCGGAUAACGCGAAACAGCUCUCUUUCUCUCUAUCUUCUCCCUUUUGUUUUUUUUUUCCUCCCUUCCUUCCUCGAAGAACAUCUCAUCGUCCGCUGCUUUCUGACUUCCGAGUGUACGAGGCGGAGAUAGAUCCAUCCGAGAAUGGAGGCGGCCAUGGAUCUGAUGCGGAGAAUCUCGCCAAAGGAGAGCGAGACUGCUCUCUCCGCCUUGAUGUCCCUGAUCCCUCACCAUUCCGCCGACCUUCUCUCGCAAGUCGACCUUCCUCUCCAGGUGUGUAUGGACAAUGUCUUGAUGAAAGAGUUUAUUUUGUGUGAAUACAACAGAGAUGCUGAUUCGUACAGGUCACCAUGGUCUAAUGUGUAUUUUCCUCCCCUAGAAGAUGGCACUCUUCCCUCUAACCAACUGAGAAAAUUGGAAAUUGAAGCAAAUGAAGUUUUUACUGUUUAUUGUGAACAGUACUACGAGGGGGGUGUUUCAUCAGUUUAUAUAUGGGAUGAUGACAGCCAAGGAUUUGUGGCUUGCUUUUUGAUAAAGAAAGAUGGGUCAAGAACAGCAGAUGGUAAAAGAGGAUAUCUGCAAGAAGGGUCUUGGGAUGCUAUUCAUGUUAUAGAGGUUGGACUAGAGGAGGAGGGAAGAGCUCACUAUUGCUUGACCAGUACUGUCAUGCUGUCUUUGACAACUGAAAACAAGUCAUCUGGAACCUUCAAUCUUUCUGGAUCAAUCAGAAGACAGAUGACUCUUGAUCUUCCCAUUGCUGAGGGUCACCUAUGCAACAUGGGAAAGAUGAUUGAGGAGAUGGAAGGUAAGCUUAGAAACUCACUGGAUCAGGUAUAUUUUGGGAAGACAAGGGAGAUGGUCUGCACCUUAAGGCCACCACCUGAGGGGGUUCAACUUAGACUGCCUUGAAAACUGAAGCAAACUCUUGUGCAUAGUUGAGUUCCUAACACCUUGCCAUGUCAAAUUUUGCUACUAUCAAUGCUUGGAUUUGAGUUAUGAACUGUUUAACUUAAAGAUUAGGGAGAGUGACAAGGAACAAUUUGAAAUAAAGCUCGCUUCACACAAAAUCACCUUAUUGAUAUUGCACAAAUUGAAUGCUGCGUUGAUGGUUUGAUUAUUCUAA